GUGCUCGUGUUUUAAUGUGAAUUAAACGUCCUAAACUUCAAAGAAAACGUUCGGUCAUCGAGAAUUGACAGUAAAUCUCUAAGGACUUUUCUAUAAUGGUCAUUUUAACGAAAAGUGAGACAUUUAACUCAGUUGUCUGUAACAGACGAGUUUCCGGUGGUAGUUUAGCUAGCUUGACAAUAGUCCCAUGCUUUCUACACGGGGAGGUGGAACUCGACAGAAGGUGCAUUUUAAGUACAGUGUAGUUUAAGUUUAACAUUAAAAUAGAUUAAAAUGGUGGGAAAGAUCAAACAUGUCCGCCAGAAGCUUCACCAGGCGGCGGUGAAGUUGGAUACACCGCCGAACUUCACUGCACCGCUCGGGUCCGUGUCGACUCCGGGUUUGGAGAAGCCUCCUGUCCCGGCUCAACUCAGCUUUACUUCUCCGCUUCUGAAGAACAACCAGAGGGACAAAAAGGCCCCGGCAGAGAGCUCCUUCCCCACUGGGAUCUUUGUUGGCACUAAAAUCACUCCAGAGGCUCUUAAACAAACGCUGAAGUCUGUGGAAAUUCCAGAUGUACCCAUACCUGCCAGGAAAGGCCCAGAAGAGAAGAGAGUCAUGCCAAAGAAAGAGAAGAUGAAGGAGAGGAGGGAGAAAUGGCUUAACAAGAUCAGCUCCAUCAAACAGGCCCAGGAGCGACAGGCUGCCGAGGCCCGCAGGCAGGCCACACCCGUGGUCGGAGACCUUAGGCCGCUGGCCGACGCCCUGCCGGAGCUCUGUCAGCUCAUCGGCCACCAACCCACCUCUGCCGCUCUCUCCACUCGCCGCAAGAGCAGGAAAAACAAAGCGCCGAUGAAAAGGCCCGAGCCAACGGAUUUCAGUCAGAUGAAACAAUCCCAGAAACGCAAACUCCUAGAAACAGAGAGCGACCACUUCAGGGACAUGGUAAAGACUCUCUCUGGUAAAACGAACCCUCUAGCUGACAUCAGCGAGCAGCUGAGGAAGAGGAUGCGGCAGGAGGAAGAACAAGGCCCAGGCUAAGGGCAGCAGAUUCAUGUCCUUCCACAGACUUUAAAAAUCCCUGAAUCCCUGUCUAUGUUUGACGUCAGAGACACCAGACCGUGUCCAGUCUGGUUAAAAAAGAAGAGGAAGAACCCUGUAACUGGUAUUUAGUCUUUGAGUCACACCUCUCAGCUGCUGACUAAAGGAUGCUAACAGAUCCUUGAGGUUUAUUUAACUAUAUAACUACAACAGCUCCACUCAUCUGUGUACAUGGAAUAUCUUGUCGUGGCACAGCUGAGCCAUUAGCAUGAGUUAGCAGAUGAGCAAGAGCUGUGGAAAGUGCUUCACAUCAUUUUCUCCACCAAUCGUGGACGUGGACUUCCUCCCAGCUCACAACCAAGGAUUUCAGACUCAUCACAAUGUUUAACAAAGUUAAAUGUACUUCAUUUAAUGAAAUAUUUGUAUAGAAGCUCUGAGGCUUGAAAAUAAAAUCUGCAUUUU